AAAGACUAUUUUGAAGAGACUGUGAAAAUCAAUUGAAAAACAAUGACAACAACAACAACAACACCAGCGAUGAUACCGUCGAAGAACUCGUUUGAUCGCUUCGGCGAUGAUUUGGCGGAAAUAUUGCUUCAAUAUCUGCCAACUGAUGACAAACUAAGACUUGAAUCGGUGUCCAAACAGUGGCAGUCAUUGAUAUUCAAUGGACAAACUGAUCUGUAUCAAUAGUUUGACAAACUUGAAGACUGUGGACAUCAUUAUAAACUGGAAAACACGUUUAGAUAUCAUAUUAGCUAAUUAUGGCCAACAAAUCAAACAAUUGAAUCUAUCACUUGAUGAUGAACUUGAAGAUGACAGCAACAACUUCAAGACACUAAGAGACUGUUUGUCACAAAUGCAACAAUUGAAACAACUGGCCAUUAGUUUGCCCGUAGAUUUUGGCACCGAUCAGACCGUUCAACUGUUGACAACAAUUGGCCGCCGAUGUCGACAACUGUUAGAGUUUAGCUAUUCAUCAAACGAAACAUCGAUUGACUUAAUUAUCCAAAUAUUUGUGACAAUCACUGAACAUAUCUCACCAAAAUUGAGACGAUUAUCACUGAAUUGUUGGCCUAUAUCUGGCGAAGAGUCCAAUUAUGACGAAGAGUUAGUAGUGAUAACCAGCGGAUCUUUGAAACGAUUUUAUCGAUUAACACAUUUGACACUUCGUGUAGGCUAUUGGGGUAUAAUUGGAGACCAGUUUUUCCGUGAUAUUCACUGCAAUCUACCGCGACUACAGUAUAUCAGAUGCUUUGAAUCGUCCAUUACUGAUGAGUCGAUCCAAGCUAUGGUACAGUUGGUACACCUCAUGGAUAUCUAUCUACUGUGCGAUCCAAACAAACUGAUGACAACUGAAAUCAUAUCAAUAAUAUCCAAUCAAUUACUAAUCGAUAGUAAUAUUAAGCACUUGUUUAUCGAGUAUUGGUUAUCAAAACAGAUGCAAAAAGAUUUUGUUUGCGGCAAAUAUGAUAUCUAA